AAUAAAAUAUUAAAAAAAAAUACCCCUGAAUGUCCUGGGGAUCCUGCAGGUCUGGCCAAACAGAAGGACGAGGAGUUGCUGCAGGCCUCUGUCUCCCCAUACCAUCUCUUCAGAGACAUAGCUGAAGUCAUAGCUUUCAGAAAGAACUUGCUGAGCUGGUAUGACCAAGAGAAGCGGGACCUGCCCUGGAGAAGACGGGUAGCAGAGGAGGCCAACUUGGACAGGCGGGCAUAUGCUGUGUGGGUAUCAGAGGUUAUGCUGCAGCAGACCCAGGUUGCCAAGGUGAUCGACUACUAUACCCGAUGGAUGCAGGUGAUGCCAAGGAGG